UAUAUUCCUACAUUUCAAAUUAAAUGAACCAAUCAGUAAAGUAAUUAAGUUGUGAAAAUAUAUAUUCUAUUAAAUUAUAGAUAAUUAAUAUUUAAAGUACCGCUUAGCAAGAGCCGCCGGACAAAAGCGGAUUGCCUAAACCGCCAAUGGUCAGAUGCCAACACGCUUUAGAGGCGUAUUCAUAAUGAAAUCUCACGACCUGCUCCUUGGAUUCCUGGUCAUCGUCUUUGGGAUCCUAAGUCAGGAGAAUGCCGACGCAGCUGGACUUUUGUCCUCGUCGGCACAGAGCCAAGGAUGCCAAUGCUCCCUGACGAUGUCCUGCAGCUGUUGCCAGAGUGUAUCGGUUGAUCUUGUGAAUCAAAACAGUACUGUGUGCCUCACUUUGGGCAUCGGCUUGACCAGUGGAACCAUCAAUUUGGGGGCCACAAUGGAUGGAAAUGCGGUCGCCGCGUUUGCCAUCAGCACCACCAAGCCGCCCACAUACUGCAUCCCAGUGAUCUCGAUGGUUUCCGUGGACAUGUGCAUCAAAGUUAACAUCAAGAUGGCCGGCGUGGCGGUCAAGGCUUGCCCCACCUUCUAUACCGACUAUGCCACGAACCAGGUUGUGGGCUACGACUUUCCCUGCAUCCAAGUGGGCAUGAAUGGAGUUAGCCUGGUCUAGUAUCUAGAAAACCGAAUCCAUAUGCGACACUAAAAACACAGUGCUUCUUUCAAGUUUUUUUAUUCUUUAUGCUCUUCGUUAGGUUUAUAAAAUGUUCAGCAGCUAGCCAGGAAAAUCGCUAUAUACAAAUGUUACUGGUCAAAUGCACAGGAUCCGCAGAGCGAUCCAGGAUACACAGCAUUCGAUAGCUAAGCUUAACGAGUAAGGCUAUUAAACAAAAACAAAUGUUAUCGGUGAAACCCAUCAGCCCAAA